AUCCUGAGAGUCUCCUGGACGGCAGCCUUGCAGAGAAAGUACUUUGACCUUGGCAUCCAGACAUCUCCCAUCUCCCCAUGGCCCUGACAAUGCUGAAUGAGCUCCUGAUUGAGGACCCAAACCCACCUAUGCUGCUGUAUCAGAUUAGCAAGACUGCUGAGUUAGAUACCCUCAACUACCAGAGCUGCUUUAUGCAAGGUGUCUUUGCCCAUUUCCCUGAGAUCUUAUUUAUCCACCGGACCUAUAACCCAGUGGGCAAGGUGCUAUAUACCUUCCUGGUAGAUGGACCUCGGGUGCAGCUGGAGGGUCAUCUUGCCCGGGUGGUCUACUUCGCCAUUCCCGCCAAGGAGGAUGCUGAAGGCCUGGCCCAGAUGUUCCAGGUGUUUAAGAAGUUUAACCCAGCAUGGGAGAGAGUCUGUACCAUCCUGGUGGAUCCCCACUUCCUCCCCCUGCCCACCCUCACUAUGGAGUUCCCCGCAGCUGAGGUCCUGCUCUCAGCCUUCCACAUCUGUAAGUUCCUCCAGGGCAAGUUCUAUCAGCUGUCCCUUGAACAGCCUGUGGAGAGGGUGCUUCUCACUUCCCUGCAGAGCACGAUGUGCUCGGCCACAGCUGGCAACCUGAGGAAGUUGUACACGCUCCUGAGCAGCUGCAUCCCUCCGGCCCAGCUGCCCGAGCUCCACUCACACUGGCUGCUCAAUGACCGCAUCUGGCUGGCCCACCGCUGGAGAAGCCGGGCUGAGAGCAGCCGCUACUUCCAGGGCCUGGAGGUCACCACCCGCGUCCUCAGCCAGCUCUUUGGCACCACCCCGUGUGUGGAACAAGGCAUGACCUUGCUGCUCCGAUACAUGCAGCAGAACUCUGGAGACAAGGCAAGCUCCAGCCUGGGCCUGAGUCCCCAGAACAAUCACGCCCCCUUAGACGUCAGCCCCGAAAGCCCCAGAGCGGAGCAGUUAGGAGAAGCCCGCAUCCAGCACUCCCUCAAUGCCAUCUGCACGGGGCCAGCGGCCCAGCUCUGCCUGGGUGAGCUUGCUGUGGUCCAGAAAUCGGUGCACCUCAUUGGCUCCGGCUCAGAAAAGGUGAACAUACAGAUCCUGGAGGACACCCAUAGGGUGCAGCCUCAGCCCCCUGCCAGCUGCAGCUGCUACUUUAACCAGGCCUUCCACCUGCCCUGCCGCCACAUCCUAGCCCUGCUCAGUGCCCGCCACCAGGUGCUCCAGCCCGACAUGCUGCCAGCCCAGUGGACAGCAGGCUGUGCUGCCAGUCUAGACAACAUCCUGGGCAGCAAGUGGAGUGAGACACUGGACAAGCACUUGGCCGUGGCGCUCCUCACUGAGGAGGUAAGUCAGCUUUUGCAGCACUGCAGCCAGGAGGAGUUUGAACGGAGGUACAGCACCUUGCGGGAACUGGCCGACAGCUGGAUCGGCCCUUAUGAGCAGGUCCAGCUCUGA